CGGAGCCGGGCCAAAGAUGACAUCAAGAAGGUGAUGGCGACCAUCGAGAAGGUCCGGAGAUGGGAGAAGCGCUGGGUGACUGUGGGUGACACUUCCCUUCGAAUCUUCAAGUGGGUUCCUGUGGUGGAUCCUCAGGAGGAGGAGAGGCGUCGGGCAGGAGGCGGGACAGAGAGAUCCCGUGGCCGGGAGAGACGCGGCAGGGGCACCAGUCCCAGAGGGGGUUGCCCCCUCAUCCUGUUGGACCUCAAUGCAGAUGAGAACAGCAACCAGAGUUUCCAUUCAGAAGGUUCACUGCAGAAGGGCACUGAGCCCAGCCCUGGGGGGACUCCUCAGCCCAGCCGUCCUGGGUCCCCGACUGGACCCCCAGAAGCUAUUACAGAGGAUACUCAGCCCCCACAGUUGGGCCAAGAGAGAGACCCAGGGGGUACACCCGCAGGCGGUACUGAUGACCCCCCGAAGUUGACCAAGGAGGAGCCUGUUCCAGAAUUGCUGGAAGCUGAGGAUUCUGGAGUGAGAAUGACAAGGAGAGCCCUCCAAGAGAAAGCCUUGAAAACAGAGCCCCUCAGGAGGCUUCUUCCCAGGAGAGGCCUCCGGACGAAUGCUCGGUCUACUUCCACGGUGCCAGACACCAGAGCUCUGGGAGGUGGGAGCAAGGCCCAGAGGGCACCCAGGACGAUACCACAAGGGAAGGGGAGGUGAGCGGGCCCCUCCCACUAGGUGAGGCCCUUAGGUCUUCUUUAGUGACCCAAGAUUCAGUCACCUACUUGCACCAGUUAAGGGUAGAGAGAGCUUUGGAGCUGGAUGCCUGCUGUGUGGACUUCGAGGUAGGCAAUCAGCCCUCCACUUGGCCCUAACCCUAAAUCAUGGAUCCAUCUUGCUUGCUGUGGGUCCAAAACUUUGGGGCUUGGGGCAGGUCACAGACAAGGAGUGUCUGAGGACGCUGCUAGAUGAUGCCCAGAAACAACCUGAAUAUACAAAAGAGUAGACGCAGGGCCAACUCGGCCACCUUUUCAUGCACCAGGGCAGCCAUCCACCAAAGGGCCAGGCAUGGCCCCCAGGGUGGCUCCUUCAGCCUCUGGAACCAUGGAAUCUACUCUGGUGAGCAGCAAGCAGUGUCUGAAGCAUUGGGCAACAGGUGCUAGGUGCUACCUUGCGGAGUCUGCGAAAGGUGUCAAAAUUCAUGCUUGUGUAGAGAUACCACUCCAACAAGCACCUGGCAGAUUCCCUUCCCUCCACGGGCCUUUGAACGUUAGGCCUGCCAAAUAAUCUGUGGCUCAAGAAAGCAUACGCCAACCUUGCCUGUCAAUCGAGGGGCACACAUGGUCUAGUGACCUUUUGGACCAGGCCAACACCUCCUGCUGUAGGACCCAAGUCCAGAAAUGGAUGGAGACUUGUGGUCCAGCUCUGAGCCUGCCAAAUCUACCUGGAAACUACCCAUUUUGAGGAACCCAUGGCAAAGGAGCCAUUUGUGUGAUUCCAAGGGCUUUCAUCAACCUCUUGCUCCUGACUUAACAACGUAUUGGGCCCACUGUGCCAGGAAAUAAUGUCUCCCACUUAAUGAGGGCUUACUCUACUACAUAUUGCAAUUUGUGGGAAUUAUUUAAUACAAUAUUCUAGUGUCAUAGAUCCUGUUACUUUUACAUUUUACAGAUAGGGAAACUAAAUAGCCCAGAUGUUUACGAGCUUGCCCUAAGUCACACACCCUGCCUGUGGCAGAACCAGCAUUCUGACUGCUGCCUGCCUGACUCCACAGUCCCUGCUGGAACACCACUUCUUGUGCUGGGCAUGCUGGUGGGGCUAAAGCUGUGACUUUGUUAAGGCACUCACUUAAGGAGCAUCCUUUUUGCUCAGUGGAAAAUUAUAUAGGACUUUAAAUUUUUUUAUCAAUUUUUAUUUAUUUAUUGUCUUACUACACAGCCUUUGCUGGCCUGGAACUCACUAGACCAGGCGGGUCUUGAACUCACAGAGAUCUACCUGCCUCUGCCUCCUGACUGCUGGGAUUAAAGGUGCGUGACACCAUGCCCAGCUCAGGACAUUUUUUUUUAAUAGUAAAAUGAGCAGAUGCCCUUUGGGAGGAAAGCAAACUUUGUGUCCAUAAUGGAGGUGAUGUAGAAAUUCUGUGGUAAGGCCAAUGAUCCCAGUUCAGCCCUUGGGUCCCUGGGUGACCUCUCUAGAGUGUCACAGAUCCAGGAAGACCAUCCCAGGCCUAGUUCCUGGUGGAAGCUUCCCAGGAGCCAGGGAAAGUGGCCAGUGCUAUCAAACUGAAUGACGGGGGCUUCAAGUAACAAAGGGUUAUUAGUUAAGACUUCUGAAUUUCCACUGGGGCAGAAGUUUUCAAAUUUCCAUCAGAUACUAAUUUUUAGGAUUUGUAAAUGAAAAAUAGGAAUUCUAGGGAGAUUCAGAAAAUCAUACUUUGUAUUUUUCAUAACUCUCUAUACUUCAGAAACUAAGAACUCACAGUUAGUAGUAGUUUAAAAGAACUUGCUGGAUGGUGGUGGUGCACACCUUUAAUUCCCACAAAGGGAGGCAGAGGCAGGUGGAUCUCUGUGAGGCUACACAGAGAAACCCUGUCUCAAAAAACAACAACAAAAAAGAGCUUUAAGCCUUAAAUAGUCAAAAGGUAGAAACUGCCAGUGUGUGUCACUGGAUAGUAUUUGAAUAACAAAAUGUUUACAGAUCCAAUUAGAUUUAAGUACCCCACAAUCAUGAGUUGAAAUUGCUGAUAUAAAAACUUAGUUACAAAUAUAUAAUUUCUCAGAACAUUCAUGUUUAUCUUUUUUGUGCCAAUCACUCAACAGGAGGAGGGACACCAAUUCAUUUUUAAUGAAUGUCAGGGACUACAGAAGAGUGGACUGGGCUAUAACAACUCCCUUCUAGUUACUGGGUCCCAAAUUCCAAGGAUAGCUACCUUAACUUCACGGGUUAAGGUUUCGAGUUCCUGCUCUUUGACCCGACAUGGUGGUUCCUUCUAGCCAGGACUCCUCGGUGCUGUUGAGCAUUGGUUAUUAAAGGACAGCUGGUUACAGCAUGUUCCCUAUUUCCCCAGUUUGUUUACUGAUUGGUUUUGAGAUUAAAACAAAACAAAAAAGCAAAACCCCCAGGUUUCCCAGUAAAUGUCAACAAGGAAUUCAGAAUAGAAACACUCCCACAGGCUGAGCAUUUACGAAGCCCAAGACUUCGAAGCUUCACGGAGUCAGAGCAUCCUAGCUCUGCCAGGCCCUGGCUGGGAGACCCUGGCUGAUGCAUUUACCUCCUUGAGCUUCAAUUUAGUGAGCAAAAUCCUAUCUAGGAGGUAAUAGUCUUGCUUCAUAAGGGAUAUUGCAGAAAGGUUACCAGCAUGGCUUUGGAGUCGGGCAGGCUGCAGUUCAAAUCCUGGCUUCAUGACUUCCUACCUCUCUGAUUUGGGGCAAGUUCUAAGCACUGGAUUUUUCUCUUCUGUAAAAUGGGAACACGUGAUCUAUUUCACAAGGCUGUGGUAAGUUUAAGUGAGAUUACACAUUGAGCUGUUUAACUCAGAGCAAGGUACACUGUUCAUGCUUGAUCCAUGUGGGCCAGUAUAGUUGUUACCCACUGUGUCUACCUCACAGGGCCAGUUGUGAGGAGGAAGGGUGGAGAGGAGCACUGCGGGCGCUUUCUAAGCCGUGAGGUGAUACUAACUCACAGUGUUUUCUCUGGAGAUGGGGAUAUAGGAAAUUACUGUCAGACAUCAAUACAAUGGCCAAGGAGAGGGACUGGUAUGCUUCUGGCCAUUGUGUCGCCAGGCCGAAGGGGCGGUGCCACUAUGUGCAGCUGGAGAACAGGGUGCCCCACACCUCAGGUGAGGUUACUGCAGUCAAGUGGGGAAAUCCAGUGCAUAUGACUUAGACCCUUGGGAACAGGGAGAAAACAGGCUCCGUUUUAAGAAGGAUAAUGUUGUGGGGCUGAGGAAGAGCAUUUGCCUAGAAUGAGCGAGGGCCACGGAUUUCAUAUCUAGCACCUCAGGAAGAAACAAACAAAGAAAAAACCCUCUUCUUGGUUAAAGGUUUGGGAUAAAGAAUAGUGUUCGAUGUAUGUGUUCACACUGUGUUUUUAAAUAAGACUCAAAUCUCAGAAAGGACCUGUGAAAAGGUGGUGAGAGGUGUCGAGUGCAAUUUAGGGAAUGUUUCCAUGGGCUGGGAGCCAUGCACCCUCCUCCCAGGAGCACACACUUUAUUCUUCAAAUGCAGUUUAGAGGGCCCUCCAAAGAUGUCACAGGCUCCUGGUAAUAGCCUCACAAACUCAACCCUCAGAGCAGAGAUGGGUGUCUGGGAACGUGAGGUCCAGUGGCCCCCCACACACAGGUUCUAUCAGGACAGGGUCCAAGCCUUUCACCUCCACCCACCAGCAUCACAUCGCUGGUCCUGAACCAGGAUGUGCCUACGUGCCCUCCCUCUUGGCCUCAGCAGCAAUUCUUGCUCUUGACCUCCUGCCUCCACCUCCAGACUCCGCUUCCUUGUUCACCACUUAAGUCAGGGGACUCCAGGUGCCAUCCUUAGACUUUCUUUAACCCAGGUGAGGCAGCUCUCAUUCUAACCAGACUGCCUCCCUGAGCACCACCCUUCUCAGCUCACUCAGUGGCAAUCCUUCAGUGAAUCUCUUGUAGGUUUCCAUUCCUCACCACGGCCCUUCAGUUUCAAACUGAUGUGGGAAGUGGGCAGUCCAGGGUCCUCAGAGUCAGCGCCUCUUGACUAAACUCUUGGGGCUGAAGGCCAGCUGCAGGGCAUGUUUUUUGAGAGCUGCCAACAGGUUGGAGAUGAACUUAGAGAGUGGGACUCACCUUCUCAUCAGCCAGCUGGUUACCCAGUGCCCAGUGCUGUGCCAGAUUCAGUAGCUGGUACAGGACAUACAUUUGUGAACAGAACAGACCCCGCCCCAGCCUUGGCUUCAGGAAGCUUCCGGGCAACUGCAGAGAGGCUAGACACUAGUCCUCCCUGAGUACCAACUCUUCGUCUGGCAUGGUGGCACACACCUAUGAUGCCAGCCCUUUGGGAAAUGGAGGCAGGAGGUUCAGGUUACCUUUGGUUACUUACCAAGUUAGAGGCCAACCUGGGCUACAUAAAACCCCGUCUCAAAAACAAUCGCACACUAUAAACCGUGACAAAUAAGAAGAAAAGUUCAGAGUGCUGUGAAAGAGAGUAGUAAAUAAGUGUGGGGUGUGUUAAGACAACGACAAUACGGGCCCUCAGUAUGGAGAAGAGAAUUCUAUGUAAAGGCAAUAAUAGACCCUCAAAGGGGAGAAAACGCUUACUGUGUUGAAAAUGCCGUCAAUGUGGCUGGACUGAGCCUGCUGGCUGCUGGGUGGGGAUGGUGUCAUAGACCAUGCAGACCAUUUGGGUGUUUAACUUUUGGUUUGGAAACAAUUUCAAAAUUGCAGGAAAGUUAUAAGAGUGGUACAGAAUACAUGUGCGUGCUGUGACCGCAAACUCCCCGCUGUAACCAUUCUGUUCCACUUGGUGUGUCCCGGUGUCUACCUGCGAUGUACACUCACACCUUGUAGUCUGAACUCUGAGGAUAAAUUGCAUACACCAUGUGUGUUUACACUUAAAAUACAGUGGUUAUUUCCUUCAGUAAUGCCUCGUUCACUGAACAUAGCACUGAUGAGACGCAGUCGCUCAAGCCCUACUUGUUUGUCAUUGGUCGUCACCCUGGUCACCUUUAUUAGGUUCUUCCCUUUAGGACAAAAUCGAGUCUACGAAUGAUGUGGAGCAUACGUUGUGGUUUCCUGCUUGUAUCUUUUAAUGUGGCAUAGAUUUUCUUUCCUCUUUGUUUGAAUAGACAAUUUCUCCUUUUGG